AUGUCUAUCUUGCUAUUGUCUCUUCUUCUAGGCUUUGUGGCCAGAGCUUUUAUAAUUACCGAUCUGCUUCGGCCACGCAUCCAAGGAUUAAGUCCCGGGGAGGAAAUAGUGGUCGAAUUGCAAUUGCAUGGAGCGGUUAAUAUUGCUUUUCUCGGAAAUUCUACAGCAGUCAGCUAUACGUCGAGUGCUAUACUUUUGCAUUUGACCAUCAACCUCUCAGGAAACGUCUCGUUGAGAAUUGGAAGUAAGCAUGUAUAAACGUUUUAUCAAGAUGACGGCACGAAUCCAACUUUUUUCCAUAAUUUUGGAAUGGGGCUAAAUUACUGAAACUUUAUCCAAAUAUGUCAAAUCUUCCCUUGAACGAAAUCUUGAGAGCCAGGUUACGAAAUUGUGCAGUAUUGUGAAAUUUUGUUUUUGUUUACGUUUUUUAUGGACUUUGGACUCUACGCCUCUCGAAAACGACAUUAUAUAUUUGUUAGACAACCUAAUAGAAAUAUCCCCGAUUUGUCAUUUAUUUUUUCAUAUCGCCGACCAAUGUGUAAUAAAUAUUAUAUUCUAGUCAACGAAAAGACCGAUGUGCUUCCAAUUGGGCGGAGCGUGGAAGUAAAAUUGAGACAUUGGCAUGACAAAAAGUUCUACAUUCUUAUCGACGGGAAUCUCUUCUACGAAGGGCCGGGCGGGUUCGCUAGUGUUGUCAGGUACACCCGCAUUUUUGGUUCGUUGGCUGUUACAAACUUCCUGUCCGAAUCUCGACUACAAAUCAAGGACAGUAUUGCGCAUAUUGGAUUGCAGCUGGGUACGUCUCAAGCAUGAAUUCACAAACCUAUACUUACUUAGGCGAGACUCUAAACCUCGGAUUCGACGCCAAAUAUCCGCAUUUGGCUCUACUAGAUGACUCUGACAACCAAAACUUGUACCUUUAUACUGACAGCAGCUACGUCCGGGCUUACAAAAAUGUUGAUGGCACCUACUACGGCGACAAUCACAUAUACAACGACCGAGAAAAUGGGGUUAUUGUGGAACUGUCGAACAGGCCGGAGGGAAUCGAUGUGGCUGUAAAUGAUAAAAAAAUUGUUCUAUUUCGACAUCUUCCGAGUAUCGCCAACGAAGCCUACACCAGGCUCUAUAUCGAUCCAAAAUACUUGCCAAACUUGAAGAACAUUACAAUUACAAAAAGUUGA